AUGCUCGUCCGCCACUUCAUCCGAGCGGACGAAUCCGCCAUACCGCCAGCUCUCCCGCUUGAAGGCUACUUGAAGGCGUUCAGGACCGCUUCUAAGACCCCCUGGUCCAAUCGACUUCGCGACAAAAUCCGACGUAGCGCCAUGUCACCUAAAUACAUCAACAAGCUCAACGGCAAGCGUGUCAUCGUCGUUGGCGGAACCUCUGGGAUAGGGUUCGCGACUGCAGAGGCAGCUGUGGAGUAUGGAGCCAUCGUGGUUGUUGCCAGUUCGACACAGUCAAAGAUCGACAAUGCUGUACAGAGGAUGCGGAAAUCCUACCCAGAUGUAGGCGAUCGAAUUCGUGGCAAGGCGAUUGACCUAGUAGCGGCCAACGUCGAAGAUCAGAUGACCUCCCUGUUUGACUUUGCGACCGAAGGUGGCAAGUACAGUCUCGACCACGUCGUCUACACCGCCGGGGAUUUUUUUGGCCCGACACCUCUGUCAGAAGUCACAGGUGACAAGCUCGCCGCAUCCAUGAAGCUCCGGGUCACUGGCCCAUUGCUCAUGGCCAAAGUCGCCAUGAAAUACCUUACCCUUAGCCCACUUUCAUCUUUCACGAUCACCAGCGGUGUGAUGGAUUCCAAACCGCUCCCCGGAUGGGCAGUGAUGGCUCCCGUUGUAAGCGCUCUAAAGGGCCUGACUCAUGCUUUGGCCCACGACCUGAAGCCGAUUCGAGUCAACUGUGUUUGUCCCGGGGCAGUCAAGACGGAGGCGUUUGCUCCUCUUUCAGAAGACCAACAGACUGCGGUUGUGGAGCUUUUCAAAGCGAAGAGUCUAACCAACACAGUUGGAACACCGCAGGAUCUGGCCGAAUGUUAUCUCUGCUGCAUGAACAAUGCUUUCAUGACAGGGUCGGAGCUCUACGCCGAUGGGGGAUAUCUGCGGCAUUAG